AUGUUUUCAAACAAUUUUUCAAUACAUUCUUUGAUUAAGAGUUUAUCAUCUAAUAAUGAUGAAGAAAGAUGUAACGCCAUGCAUGAAAUCGAACCAUUGAAGCAAAACAAUGAAUUUUCUAAUUUCUUGGUUAAUUUUAUACUUGAUCCGAAUGAAAAGAUCGUUGAUCGCAUAUUUCUAAUUGGUGUCCUUCAAUACAACAACCAGGUACUAGGAAUUGAGCAUUUUGAAGCUUUAAAUGAUUUGUUUAAUUUGAGGCAUCAUCAAAUGGAUAAUUUUCUUGCAGGAUUAUUUGCUCAGUAUCAUCACAAUGCGCAAGAUAUAGAAGCGUAUUUCCAAAUUCAAAACAAAUAUGGUUCUAUAUUAUGUAUAACAAAAUCACUUCCAUUAUUAAACCAAAUUACAGAAAAUUCAGAAGACUUAGAUGAAAUAAUUCAAAUGGUAUGUGAUUACGUGUCGAACAUAAUUCUUGAUGAAAAUAUCGAAUUUAAAACAAAGUACGAAGCAUUUGAAUGCAUCAAUAUCAUAUGUGAAUUUGAAACUUAUGACUUGUCAUCAUUUUAUUCACUUAUAUUUCAAUUUUAUUCUGAAAUCACAGAUAUUUCACAAAUUGACUGGAAACUAUUUUCAAAAUUAACAGAAAAUGCAGUACAAUACUCUGAUAGAACUAUGUUAGAUGUUUCUUUAUCGAUUUUUAAUAAUUUAUCGCAAUUAUCUCCUCAUUCCGAUAAGAACAUCAUUUCUAGCCUUAUAAACAUUGGAUAUGUAAUUGAUUAUUCAAUUGAAGAAUACUCCAACGAAAUUGACUUAAAUGAACUCGUGAUUUCAGCAAUUCGAAAUUCAUUUUAUUCAGAAGAAGACUAUUAUGAAUUUAAGACUAAUUUUGAUUACUUCUAUCAAAUGGAAAUAGAUAAUGAAGCCGAUGAAGAAGAUUCAGAUAAAUUACAAGCAAUUUGUUUCAAAAUUCUAGAAGAUCUGUUAGAUAAAGAAUCAGCAACUGAUUUAUUGCAAAACAGUCUUGAAAAUUCUAAUGCUGUCGAUACUGUUUUUUUAUUUAUUUUCAUUAACAAAUUUGACCUUGAUUUCGAUCCAAAUGUACUUAUAGAACGAAUUAAUGUAAUUGACUCACCAAUUAAAUGCAUAAUAGCAAAAGGAAAUUUCAUUAGAUAUGUCAUUAAAAAAGAAAUAUGUGAUUCUGACUUUAUUCAAGCAAUUCUUAAUGAAAACAACUCUUAUUUACUUAUUUAUUUGUUAGACAGUAUCCAAGAAAAUCCAAACUUAUUUAUUAAUUAUAUUCCUGCUUUAUUUUAUCAAAUAAUUGAUAUUUUAUCUUCAUUUAACUCAGAUAGUGUCAAAAGUGCUUUGUGCUUAUUAUUAAAUGUUAUAACUGAUGAGACAAUUUGUUGCUUUACAGAAAUUGAUGAUACUUUUAUGCAUUAUUUUGAGAAAUUAUUAGAUUAUAGUGUUAAUAGUGGAACAAACUGCGCAACAGAGGUAUCUCUUAUAAUAUCAAAAAUGCUUUCUAAUGAUAUGAUAUUGAACAAUGUUUCUCAGUUAUUAUCUCAAAAAAUCAUUCAUUUCUUUUCAAAUGAAUUUACUUUUGAUUCAGGAAUAAUCAUAUUUGGAACUUUAUUAAUUGACAACAUUAGUUUCCCAGAUACAUCAUUUUAUUCUCAAAUAUUUGAUGUGUUUUGUCAUAAUUUUCCAAGUGUUGGAUUUGUUACUGGUUGUGUAGAACAAAUAAUAUCUAUUCUAUCAUUUGGUCUUGAAAAUGGAGUUCCUGGUAUUGAAGAUUCAAUUUUAUCAUUCUUUAGAGCAGCUCCAAAUAUAAGUUGUUUGAUUCAUUGUGGAAGUAUUUUAGUUCAAUCAAUAACUAAAAAUGUUGAACUUGGAAUUGAAAUCAUGAAAUUAUUGAUAGUAAAAGAAGAUGUUGAAUCAUAUUUUCACAUCAGGAUUACAAUCCCUACAUUGUUUUUAAGUCUCGUCGAUAACGACAAAAUACAACGAGUUUAUUCAGAAUCAGGAUUAGAUUUUAACCAAAUUAUAUCAAAGUAUAUGGAGGAAAUGCUUGUGAAAUCGAAAUUUCUUUUGUUUAUUGAUGAAAAGAUACUUUUGAAGUUUAUUUUAACAUUAAAUAGCUUAGUCAUAGAUGGAAACGAAUAUCAGUCAAUUGAUAUUGUUCUUCAGAGAAUUAAGUCAUAUCUUUCUUCUAACAUUGGUCUUCUUAAGAGUUUUGAAUCGUCGGAAACUAUUAUAUGGCAGACAUCAAACUUUAUGAAAAAUGAUUACGUUCUCUCUCAUAUUCAAUGGAUAACAUAUAAGCUGAGACAAUUCAUUGAUGAAUGUAUUUGUCCAUUCAUACAACCUGGCACAGAAUCAGAAACUUCUUAUUCAGAAAUUUUGCAAUUUUUGAAUGACAAUCAAUUAUAA